CAUCCUCCUCCACAAUGUCACUCCACUUGCUUAUCUCUCUGUCCCUCUCUCGUUCUCUUCCUCUCCUUUCACCCUGACCUGAGCCUCUCCUCAUCGUUACAUAUCCUCUCUCUCUGUCUCACAAAGAUGGCAGUCAGCGUUGUCAUCAUCUGCCUCCUGUCCCUGAUCGGCUACAGCUGGUCCCACCCCUCUCCUCCUCCCCCCCGGGGGUGCAGUGUGAAUGUGGACCCUCCGUAUAGAGUGCUGUGUGACCUGGAGUCGGUCUGGGGUGUGGUUCUGGAGGCCGUUGCCUGCAGCGGCGGCCUGAGCUCCCUGGUCCUCAUUGUGCUGCUGCUCGCCCGGCUGCACUCCAUUCCAGAGCCUGCCCGACGCUCCGGCUUUGGGCCUCUCCUGCUGCUCCUGGGCACGCUCCUGGGGCUCUUCUCCAUCUCUCUGGCGUUCCUCGUCGGGAAGAACCAGGCGCUCUGUGUGGUUCGCAGGGCCUUCUGGGGUCCCCUUUUUGCCCUCUGCUUUUCCAGCUUGCUUGUCCAGGGUGUGAGGCUAAGGAAGCUGGUGGCUGGACAGCCAAGCCCCUCGGGGAGCUCGCUGGCAGCUCUGGGUCUGGCCUUGGCCCUAGUCCAGGGGAUCAUCUCAGCCGAAUGGGUCCUGCUAACUGUAGUUAGAGAGGGUCACCCAGCCUGUGAAUACCCACCUUUAGACUUUGCCUUGACAUGCAGCUACACCCUGGGGCUACUCCUCAUAGCCAUGGGGCUCUCUCUGGGGGUGGUGCUGUGUGGAGGAGAGCUGGAUGCAGAGGGAGCAGGCGGGAAUGAAGAAGAUGGAGAAGGAGAAAUUGAAAAACAGAGUUGGAAAUGUAACGCCGUCUGGCUUUUUCUGUCAAGUUUGGCAUCAGCGCUGCUUUGGGUGGCCUGGCUGGGGUUUUAUCUCUAUGGCAGCCAGGCGCUGAGGAAGGGGAAGGGGUUAGGAGGAGGGAAGAAGGAAGGAAAGGUGUUGGAUGAGCCUGCACUCGCAGUGGCUUUGGUUAUCCAGGGCUGGAUCCUGCUGCUGUUCCAUGCUAUCCCAGAGACGUACCUCUGUCUCCGGAAACCUCAACAAUCCAACACACAAAACUUCUUCGACACCACACACCCGACCUCUCCGCCACCUUUUGGAGAUGAGCAUCCUGCACACUCACAUCGACCUUUUCAAGAAAACCAGGCCUUUUCUAUCGAGGAGCACGGCACAACUCUCCGAUCUGGAACAUACAACAGCAACCAGGGCAGCGCGCGUCCCGGCAUCGCCUUCAGAGGUCACGUUUACCAACCCACUGAGAUGGCUCUGGUCAUGAACGGGGGAACUAUGCCCACAGCUCCAAUUAACUACACUGGACGCCGGUUGUGGUGAAACGGGACCCGACUAGAGGAGGAUACACUGCUGUGUGAUAGUAGAAAUUCCUGUUGCCUCAGAAGAAGGAAGAGAUAUUAAAGUAAUCGCAUCUCACAACAGAUGGAUUUGCUAGCAGCUAAAUGUAUCUAAUAUAUUUGUGUUUCCGCACACAUGUAUGGAGUUUACGUCAUGUCAAAGCUUUGAUGAUUUUUUCUGGGUUGCAUCUCUGUGGCAGAUUGUUCAAGCAAUCUCAGACAGGGAAGACAAGGGGACACAUCUCACUCAGUUGUGGAUUAAAGUGAGGGCAUUUACAGUGCAUUCAUAUGAUCGAAUUAAAUCAAUAUAAAGUCUUAACUGUAACAUGUACAAAAACUGGAGAGAGGUCAUUAACGCUGGUUUCAGAUGUUAUAUAUGGUUGUUAUCAAACAGCAGUGGUGGAUGUGGGCACUGAAUUAGCUGCUGUCAAACAAAGAGAGAGUAAAGCUUCCAGGAUGAUUUGAAUGUAGUGAGCUCAACAUUUUGCCUAAGCAGUUUUAAACCAAGCUGUUCCGAUCCAAUGUGACAGCGCUACCUUUUAUUUCUACUUUCUGUCAUGCAAAAAAGCAUCCAAACUUUUAUUAUGUUUAUGUUAAUUUGCGUCAUACACCCACAUUGCUUGCUUUGCCUCUGUUUUUUAUGCUGGAACAACCCAAAGAUUCCCAGUGUUUGUCUCCGCUGAGCUCCAGUCCAUUAUCAGUGCUGCCAGACAAGAUGGCCCGUUUCAGUGUCAUGCGUUUAACAGAGCCGGUGCAGAUUCUGCAGGAUUAUUUCAUGAUGAGGGUUAAAGUUGAAUCCACUGCUCAAGGAUAGCUUGUUUAAGAGACAAGCUAGUUUAUAAAAGCCAUUUAUUAAUGCAACACCUAUAAUGCAGUACAAGGUUUACUUUUGAAGGUUGUAAUUUUGCACUUUAUCACAGCUGGUUUUAAUGUCUGGGCAUUGUGAUAUACGAACUGUGUUUGAGACCAUUUGAGAUGCAUGUGCAAACAAAGUAUAAAGGUAAUGUAUUUUGUCUGAAUACAUGUAUUUUGAGUGUUUUCUAGUAUUUUGAUAUAU